GGUUUGGGGAGCGGGCCAUACACUCCCGCCUGCAAGUGUAUAUGUGUGUGGAGAUUGAGCGUGACUGUGCACGAGAGAUGGUGUAAGAAGCUCAGGUGUGUGUGAUGGUGUCAAACGGUGCGUACAGGUGUGGGUACAGGUUGGUACAGGAGAUGGCCUGUCCGUUUAGCCCUGGGGGGCACCGAAGGACUGUGUGAAUGAUGUGAAACUUUCAGUGGUCUGAAAAUGUGGGCGACCUCUGAUGGUGAGUCUGUAAUGCUGUGUGUGUGUGUGUGUGUGUGUGUUUGGCAGAGAGUUGAACUGUUUAUAGGAUUCGAUAUGUGACCAAGAAAUUGCGUGGCCGUGGUUGUCUCUCUGACGGAGCAGCCAUGUCCGUGCAGGUGGCAGCCCCGGGAGGUGUGGGGCUGGGCCUGGAGCGCCCAAGCCCCGAGGAGCUGGUGCGGCAGACGCGGCAAGUGGUGAAGGGGCUGGAGGCCCUGCGGGCAGAGCACCGGGGCCUGGCUGGGCACCUGGCGGAGGCCCUGGCGGCCCAGGGCCCGGCGGCUGGCCUGGAGCUGCUGGAAGAGAAGCAGCAGGUGGUGAGCCACUCACUCGAGGCCAUCGAGCUGGGGCUGGGCGAGGCCCAGGUGCUGCUGGCGCUGUCGGCACACGUGGGCGCGCUGGAGGCGGAGAAGCAGCGGCUGCGGGCGCAGGCCCGGCGGCUGGCCCAGGAGAACGCGUGGCUGCGGGAGGAGCUGGAGGAGACACAGCGGCGGCUGCGGGCCAGCGAGGAGGCCGUGGCCCAGCUGGAGGAGGAGAAGAGCCACCUGGAGUUCCUGGGGCAGCUGCGGCAGUACGACCCGCCUGCGGAGAGCCAGCAGCCCGAGUCCCCCCCUCGCCGGGACAGCCUGGCCUCCCUGUUCCCCAGUGAGGAGGAGGAACGGAGAGGUCCAGAGGCAGCGGGGGCCGCGGCAGCCCAGCAGGGUGGCUAUGAGAUCCCGGCCCGCCUCCGGACUCUGCACAACCUGGUGAUCCAGUACGCGAGCCAGGGCCGCUACGAGGUGGCUGUGCCGCUGUGCCGGCAGGCCCUGGAGGACCUGGAGCGGAGCUCGGGCCACUGCCACCCCGACGUGGCCACCAUGCUCAACAUCCUGGCGCUGGUGUACCGAGACCAGAACAAGUACAAAGAGGCCACAGACCUGCUCCACGAUGCCCUGCAGAUCCGGGAGCAGACGCUGGGCCCCGAGCACCCUGCGGUGGCCGCCACCCUCAACAACCUGGCCGUCCUCUACGGGAAGCGCGGGCGUUACCGGGAGGCAGAGCCCCUGUGCCAGCGUGCCCUGGAGAUCCGGGAGAAGGUCCUGGGCGCCGACCACCCGGAUGUGGCCAAGCAGCUCAACAACCUGGCCCUGCUCUGCCAGAACCAGGGCAAGUUCGAGGAGGUGGAGCGGCACUACGCCCGGGCCCUGAGCAUUUACGAGGCCCUGGGCGGGCCCCACGACCCCAAUGUGGCCAAGACGAAGAACAACCUGGCCUCAGCCUACCUGAAGCAGAACAAGUACCAGCAGGCGGAAGAGCUGUACAAAGAGAUCCUCCGCAGGGAGGCCCUGCCCGCCCCGCUCGGAGCCCCCAACACAGGCACCGCCGGUGACGCACAGCAGCAGACCCUUCGUCGAAGCAGCUCCUUCUCUAAGCUCCGGGAGUCCAUCCGGCGCGGAAGCGAGAAGCUGGUCUCCCGACUCCGAGGCGAGGGGGCGGCGGGGACGGCUGGGAUGAAGAGGGCCAUGUCGCUCAGCAUGCUGAACACGGAUGGCUCAAGGGUGCCUGAGAACCAGUUCCCCAGGCAGCACCUGAGCGAGGCCUCGCGGACCCUCAGUGCCAGCACCCAGGACCUGGGC